AUGCUUCACGAAGAGGUCGAACUGGACGAUACACACCUCUGCAACAAAUGCGGUCGCACGGUGGUGGGGCUGGAGAAUUACAUCAAACAUCGGAAGAUAAGCUGUGCACCACCGAAGCCUGCAACGGUGACGAUUGCCAGUGGACCUAGCCCUCGGAUUGGUCCCGAGCAGAAUUACGCAUCCUUUGACUUUGGCGAAGGUAUCAAAGAUACGGAUCAUCAUCAUAAGAAGCUACCCAACUAUGGGUUCAAUUAUGAUUUGGAGCCACACCACGGUGAUCCCGUACAGCGACCAGAUAGCAAAACGGAGUAUAAGAACGACGUGAACUAUGACUACGAAUUGGGUGCAGAUUUGUUCUUUUCUUCACUGGAACUGCAAAGCAGUUCGAAGAAAAGCGGAAACUUACAUGCAUCAACGAGCAAACUGAAUGUUCCCAUUCGCCAGAAGGAACGAAAACCGACGACAUCACUUUCCAAUACAGAUCCAGAUCAAGAACAAGAUCACGAAGAUGACUGGAUUGCACCUCAGCAUGAUUCGGAAAAACUCAUGAAAGCUGUUAGCGAUAUCAGUGGCCACAAGAAAGUCGAAUUGUUCCCAUUCUUCGAUCAUGAAUCUCCUGAACCAUCGGAAGAGGAAAGCGAUGAAGACGAUGACUUCGAUGCUCCCCCGAGAACUCACACUGGAGGCAAAUGGAAACCGGAAAAUCGACCAUCUUCCUCGCAGUGGCGUCAUUGGCCUGAUCAAGAGGCCCAGCUUGAUAAAUCAAUCGAACACGAUGACGAUGAAGACUACAAAAGCUUCUCGCCACCCCCGGGACAUACAAAGGGUAAAUGGGUGCCUGGAUCGAAAAUCACUCGACUGGAAUACAAAGCCCCAUCGUUUCCAAGCAAAGCCUUCAAUGCCAACUAUUGGUGCAGCAUUUGUAAUCGAAAACUCGCCUCACGAUUUGUCUAUGAAAGACACUUGAAAUCUAAUCUUCAUCUCAAACGAGCUCAGGAAGAAUCCGAGUUGGAGAGAGCUGUUAAGCCUGGUCUCUACUCGAAUGAACUAUCGAAAAGAGUCCCUAAACCAUCCGUUUACCUAGGCGAAGAUUUCUUCAGUACUAACGCUAGUCCGGAGAAGGCCUUGACGCCAACCUCCUUGGUACCUCAAGAAAGCUUGCCGACGAAAGUAAAGCGGAAACGAAAAUGCUACUACACAAAGUGUGAAAUUUGCAAAACACGUCUUCCGACUCAUCUACUUGGGAAACAUUUGAUCUCACGGUACCACUACCGGCGAAUGCUGAACCACCCGGAGCAAUGCUUUGAUGUUAUUUUGAAAAACAUCCACCGCAUAGUACUGCAAUCUCCCUUCCAGUGUCAUCCAUGCAAGUUCUACGCAAAUACCGAAGAGCAUUUUAUGGCACACUGGAAUUCGUUGGAUCACGAGCAGAAGGUUAGCUCCAGCGGUAAAUUCUGGUGUAGUUUCUGCAAAUUUGAAUGCUCCGAAAACUUCCAAAUGACAAAUCACCUGCUCGACCAGGACCACCAGGAAGUGAUCUCCGUCAUCAACCGGUCAGUUCCGAUCAUCAUCCGCAAAAUAACUCCCAUUCGUUGUGAGUUCUGCGGAGACGAAUUUCGCUACAAUGCAAUCCUAAACAAGCACCACGAGUAUUGCAACGAAGGAACACCUGAAGAGACGUUGAGAGUCAAACGAACGUUUCUGAACUGCUUCACUUGCGAUAUAUGUAAGGCAUCUUUCCACAACAAGAUGUUACUGUUGCAGCAUGGACAGAAGCUGCAUCGACUGGCUAACUACUACUGUUCGAUCUGUGAGAUUACAUUCAAGACUCCAGCCGAAUCCGUCAAGCACCGGAAAACUACCGUCCACAAAGUGAUGUCUGCUAGGAAGCGUCAGAAAGAUUCCUUACCUCUCAAAACGUGCCAGAUCUGUAAGAAGCAAGUGUCUGACAUCCUUGAACUCAAAGAUCACAUCCGCACUAACCACCCGGAAAUCAAAUUCAGUUGCCCACAAUGCGGGGAACAUUUCGUUCUAGCCCAAGAACUUGGCAGACACGUACGUGACAAAAAUUGUUCAUUUUUCAAUUCCACCACAUCAUCACCGGCCAUGCUGUCGUCAGCGUCGUCGUCGUCGUCGACCGAGCAGCAGCAACGGAUAAAAGUGGAACCUCUCCCAUCAACAUCCCGGCCGCAUCCGACAACGACGGCGGCCGAAAAUUCAAUUAUCCCAAAUGAUUCAAUUAAAGUAAAUAUGAAUGAUCGUAAGGAAGCACGGGAGUCACAUCUGUAUUCUUCGACUCCAACAACAACGGCCUCGGCCGCUACGGUUGUUCUAGCCGGUGGCCGUACCCACCACCACCACCACCACCGCCACCGGAAUGAAACGGUUUCGAGAGCACCACCAGCAACCGUUGUAUCAUCAGCAGCAGCAGCAGCAACUGAUGAGUCGGAAGCCCUCACAUCGAUGCCAACAAUGACCACGAUGGAACAUUACACCAACCUCCUGCCAUCGACGGUGCCCGGAUCGACAUCCGCAAUUGAGACCCACCAGGUCGUCGUCACGUCGACCCACAACUUUCAUCACCCCGAACCGCCGUCGUUCUCGUCGCCAUCAUCGUCAUCACACCCACUCGUAUCGGUAGUAAUGGCAACACCAACGGCAUCGCUGACCCAACCGACCUCCAUCACAUCAAAUUCCGCUUGCAAUGAUGGCGAUGGCGAUGAUGAUGAUGAUGACGAUGAUGAUAACAUUGUCGCCGGUUCGUCCACGUCAGCGGAAAUCUUUUUCACCAUGGCUAAUAAUGCGUCCGAAAAUAAUACUGUUUACGUUGAUGAAAUUGUUGGCACCAUCAGCGAGGACAGCUCGGCCGUAUCCUGGCAGUGUAAAAUAUGCCCAUUCAGGACGACUUCCCAGGCGGAAUUUCUGUAUCAUGGAAUUUUGCACUCGUCAAAGGUUAACUCCCCGGCUGGGGCACCAGACAGGACAGCCAAAAUCACCUGCCCGCUGUGUAAAAAGCAAUUUUCCAAGGCAUCACUGCGUUGCCACCUGCGACAGCAUACGGAUGAAAGAAUCUUCCCAUGCGAGCUGUGUACGAUGAGUUUCACCCGGAAAGCAAAUCUCAAGAAUCACGUGGCGAACGUUCACGCUGCGAAGGAGCAAACCGACAAUGCUAAUCAAGCGAUGAUAGGGCAGCUGGCGGAGUCCCCGAGAAGUGCUGUCUGUUCAACUUGCGGAAAAGCGUUCUCAAACAGCAAAAUCCUAUCCCAACACGCCAAGGUCCACGUGGAGCGGAGAUCGAUUAAAGAAUUCGCCUGUCAGCACGAAAACUGCUACUACAUCGGCCGAAGUGCGGCCGAGGUGCGAACCCAUCUGCUCAGCCGUCACUCGGAGGAACGUAACUUUGUCUGCACUGAGCAUGGAUGUGAUUACCGAGGAAAGACAAUCACUCAGCUUCGAAGACAUUCCCAACGCCAUGAUGACACCACCACGAUGGAGAAGAAGUACAGGUGCGAUCAAUGUGACUUUGCCUCCCGGAUUCCAGGGCACUUGAAACGACACCUUCUUGUUCACAGUGGUCGAAAGCCGUUCCAAUGUCCUCAUUGCGAGUACAAUUGCAACAAUAUCGAAAAUCUCCGAAAGCAUGUCAUCUCUACAUCGAAGCAUAAGGGAAAAUGUUUGUACGAAUGCAAGUACUGCUCAACUGAAGAAGAAGACACAUUCAAAUCCAACUUCAGUAAGGACUACAGAGCCCAUCUUCUGGGGCAUCAUAAGCUGUCGGUUGAGGAGGCAAAUCAAGCAGUUAGAAUUUUUUGAAAGGAGAA